GUAUGUAAAUGUCAUAAGAGGGAAGAUUAGAAAAGCGACAAAAUCCGUCCGUCGUCUCCCGUUGUCACUCCUCACUCUGGUCCAAUAGCACCGGAAGCUUGAAACCAUGGCUUCUGCUAUGUCCCUCUUUGCCUUCACCACACCAUCUCUCUGCUUCUAUGUCUCCUCUUCCUCUUCCCCCUCCCCCUCCUUCCUCCACCGACCACUAAAUUGCAGGCCCUUUCCCCUUAGCUUAUCUGCGACGACAACAUCGCCAACCAUCGCCGCGUCUAAAGGGGACAUCGAAACGACCUUCUUCGACGAAGUUGAUCCCAACGAAAUCGUUACCUUCGACCCCCCGCAACCGCCGGAGGGUUAUGUGCCCCCUCCGGCUUUCGACGAGCUACCUCCAGAAACUGAAGAGGAGAUCACCGCCGCCUACGAGGAGAUAUACGGGCCGGCUUACAGCGGCGAGAGUGCUCUCGGGAAUGACAUUUACGUCAUGGACGCCAAAUUGAAAAAGACAAGCAGUCCUUUGGGGAGAAAGAAGAGGGAAAAGGUGGCCGAUGGGUUCGAGGAGAGAGUGGUGCAGGUGAGACGGGUGACCAAGGUGGUGAAGGGAGGGAAGAAGUUGUCGUUUAGGGCGAUUGUUGUGGUGGGGAACAAGCAGGGGCAGGUGGGAGUCGGGGUAGGGAAGGCCAAGGAGGUCGUGGAUGCCAUUGCCAAGUCGUCGACCAAUGCACGGAGAAAUAUUGUUACUGUGCCGAUGACGAAGUACUUAACGUUUCCUCACAGAUCUGAUGGAGAUUAUGGAGCAGCUAAGGUGAUGCUGAGGCCAGCUUCGCCGGGCACCGGCGUUAUCGCCGGAGGAGCGGUGCGGGUUGUGCUAGAAAUGGCCGGUGUAGAGAAUGCUUUGGGAAAGCAGAUUGGAAGCAACAAUGCCCUCAACAAUGCCCGGGCUACAGUAGUUGCUGUGCAGAAGAUGAGGCAGUUCAGAGAUGUUGCUCGAGAACGUGGAAUCCCGAUGGAGGAAUUGUGGAAAUAAACUUAGCAAUUUACUGGCACAAUGAUCUCUUUGGGAUAGUUGCAGCUGUUUGAAGUAGCAACUGUGAAGUUGUCACAGGAGAAGCUGAUCUUUAAAAAAUCUAUGGUUGCUAUUAUAAUUUUUUUUUUAAUUUAAAAAAGGCCAUACCAGACUUUUUUGGCAGUCAAUUGUACUUAGGGUCCGUUUGAAAUCGUUUUUGUACUGCUUUUCAUUUUGAGAAGCUAUGAAGUUGCGUUUGGGAGCCAUCGUUUGAGCAGUUUUUGUAAAAUUCCGUUUUCAAAAUGGGCAAGCUGCGAAUGACAUUACAGAGCUCGGUUUUGCGGUACUACACGGUUUGGAUGGGACCUGUUAUCCUCGAUAUUGCCCCUCCUAUUCUCUUCUACCUUCAUAUUAGCUGUGGACAUUAAUAUUAGGGCACAUUUGCAGUGGUCUUUGUGUCUCCUGUGUAUUCGCUCCACCUC